AUGAAUAGCUGGAAAGGAGGACUUUGUGGUUUGAUCCGUGUGCAUCGCACAUUGAACGGCAGAAAGAUUCUGGAAGAGCAAAGAAGAACAAGUCUAAAGAAAUGCUCCAGGGACCUCCGCGAAUGUAAUAUUCCACUAACAGCAUUGCUGGACGAUGAUGAGACCGCACCUCUUGAGAUGGAAGUCGUCAUGGAGAGGUUCUACUCGAACCUUUUCCGUUCAUCAACUCCUGUGUCAAGGCCGAACAUUCCCACUGAUGAAGCUCCACCACGGAUUCUUCCUUAA